UUCCUGACCGAAACGGACUUUGUGGAGCUCAGUAUUUAACCAGCGUGGUUCCCGCAGUCAGGGCUGGUCGAGGUUUCUAAUCCAACUCCAGAGGGCUCCUGUAGGAAUUGCAGAGAACUUUUUAAAAUAUAUACAUGAAGUCGGCUUGUUAAAGAGAAAAGAUUUAAACUAAGAAUAAUUAUUGGGAGAGUAAAUUACCUUUACUGGAAAUUUGAAACGUUUGGAAUGCACGAUUUUCUGUUUUAUUCUGCUUGAGAUUUUUUUAUUAAUUAGAAGUUUUUAAAAAAAUUUAGUUGAGUUUCACCCUCCCUACUUCAGGGACCAGUUUGUGAUUUUUUUUAUUUUGGCGGGGGUGUUGAAAUCUUGUCCUGAGACAUCAGGAGCAGCCUCUGCGGAUUUUGAUUUAAUUUUCUUUUGAGGGGGAGAGAGAGAGUUCAGCAGAGAAUGGGCUCUGCUCCGAGCGUGUGGCGCCCGCUCCUCUUCUGCUUCGCUCUGUGGCAGUUCGGCGGCUCCGCCGACGCCAGGAAGAGCUGGAAGGGGGCCCGCCAGAACUCCCACUACCGCCGGCCUCAGGGGCUGUCCGCCCGGGACAAGAGCCAGCAGGAACAGCCGGCAGCAGCAACGCCUGAAACUGAGGAGAGUUUCACGUUGGAUUUCACCGCGGUCGAAGGAAACAUCGACAGCUUCAUGACGCAGAUCAAGAGCCUGGCUCAGUCUCUCUACCCCUGCUCCGUCCAGAAGCUCAAUGAUGACAUGAGGCUCUACUUUCUGAGCAACUCCUCGGUUACCUGUAACGACGGCACACCGGCUGGGUAUUACAUGAAAGAGUCGAAAGGCAGUAGGCGCUGGUUAAUCUUUUUAGAAGGUGGCUGGUAUUGUUUCAGCAAAGAGAACUGUGACACACGAUAUGAUACCAUGCGCCGGUUAAUGAGCUCCACCAAUUGGCCUCGAAGUAAAACAGGAACUGGAAUCCUGUCUUCUCAGCCAGAAGAAAAUCCGUAUUGGUGGAACGCUAACAUGGUUUUUAUCCCUUAUUGCUCAAGUGAUGUCUGGAGUGGAGCAUCCCAGAAAUCUGAGAAAAGUGCCUAUGCUUUCAUGGGAGCGCUGAUAAUACAAGAAGUUAUCAAAGAGCUGUUGACUAAAGGCCUUGAAAAUGCAAAGAUUCUCCUGCUAGCUGGAACCAGUGCUGGUGGGACAGGGGUGCUCCUGAAUGUAGACAGAGUGGCUGAACAGCUUGAAGAGUUGGGAGUCCAUGGAGUGCAAGUUCGCGGUCUGGCUGAUUCAGGCUGGUUCCUGGACAACAAACAGUACCAAAGGACUGACUGCAUCGACACAAUAUCAUGUGCCCCCACAGAAGCAAUCAAGAAAGGAAUAAGAUACUGGAAUGGAGUUGUACCCGAACUUUGCAAGCAGCAAUUCAGAGAAGGAGAAGAGUGGAACUGCUUCUUUGGAUAUAAAAUAUAUCCAACUUUAAGAAGCCCAUUGUUUGUGGUCCAGUGGCUCUUUGAUGAAGCACAACUUACAGUGGAUAAUGUGCAUCUCACGGGGCAACCAGUUCAAGAAGGACAGUGGAACUACAUCCAAAACCUGGGAAGAGAGCUGAAAAAUACUCUUAAGGAUGUACCGGCUGUUUUUGCACCUGCGUGCUUGUCUCAUGAAGUGAUCACAAAAAGUUACUGGUUGAAUCUUCAAGUGAAAGGGAUCUCCUUACCUCGGGCACUGCACUGUUGGGAUCGCAGCCUCCAAGAUGGUAACAGAAAUGGCAAGAGUUCAAUGAAGGGCUGUCUGAUCCACCUGACUGAUGGUUGCCACUGGCCUCACUGUAACCCUACCUGUCCCACCAUCAGAGACCAGUACACAGGGCAGGAGAUGACUGUCAUACAAUUCCUAAUGCACAUGGGUUUCGAUAUACAGAAGAUGGCCCAGCAGCAAGGAAUAGAGGUUAGCAAACUACUUGGGAUGCUGAGCAGUGGGAGCUAAAAUACCUGCUCAUCGGGACUGAUGAGACGUGAAAUGCGUUUUACAAAAGACAAACUGUCCCACAUGUAGUGGAGGAGCAGGCAGGCUUUUCUAACUGGACCUCAACAAUCUCUCAAAUCAAAACCUGCAAGGACACAAAUAAAAUACAAAGUGGUGGAAAGCACUGGAUUGAUCAAUGAAACAUAAAGGGAGGAGAGACCCCAGGUCUUUCUAAGCGACUGACAGUCUUCAUAGAUUGGAUCAUAGAACAAGAAGUCAAAACACGGUGAAAUGGAUUCCUUUUCCUUUCAGUUAACAAUGUAAAACCGGACAGUGGGAUUCAAGCAGGAUAUGCUACAGUCAAAACUGAUGCAAACUAUAAUGCUGUGUAUUUUUUAACAAACUAAAACCUGUGCUAAUUUGGUAAUUUUACAUAUUUAUUUUUAUUAUGUAAAUCAUAUUUAUAAGUGUAAUGCAGGCA